AUGACGGGCUACCUCUGUUUGCCGUACAUGGCCCUGCAGCAGCAUCACCUCCUGUCAGAUGUGACAGUCCGCGGCUUCGUGGCAGGAGCCACCAAUAUCCUGUUCCGUCAGCAGAAACAUCUGAGUGACGCAAUUGUGGAAAUAGAAGAUGCUCAUGUGCAAAUCCACGAUCCAGAACUCCGUAAGAUCCUGAACCCAACAACCGCUGAUCUGAGAUUUGCGGAUUACCUGGUGAAGCAUGUAACCGAGAACAGAGAUGAUGUUUUCCUGGAUGGCACUGGCUGGGAAGGAGGAGAUGAGUGGAUCAGAGCCCAGUUCAGUGCUUAUCUUCAUGCACUGCUCGCUGCUGUGCUGCAGCCAGACAAUGAGAAGACUUUGUCAGACUUCGGAACAGCAUUUGUGGCAGCCUGGAAAAAUACCCACAACUACAGAUUAUGGAAUAGCAAAAAGCAUCCAGCCAUUGCAGAGGUAAAUUCUAGCCACCCAUUCCAAGGACAGUACUCUGUAUCAGACGUUAAGUUAAGAUUGUCACACUCUGUGCAAAACAGUGAACGUGGAAAGAAGAUUGGAAAUGUGGUGGUUUCUACUAGCCGGAAUGUUGUCCAAACGGGAAAAGCUGUAGGCCAGUCGGUCGGAGGAGCCUUCACAAGCGCCAAGUCAGCUAUGUCAUCGUGGUUUUCCACUUUCACGCAGUCAACCCAAAGCCUCGGGGACUAAGCGACGGGUUUUGCGUAACGCCGCUGAGUAGUUCAAGCGCAGUGCUUUGUCCCAGCUGUACAAAGACCGCUCCAGAACGAAGGAGUGGAGGUGAACUCCCCAGGACCAAAACAAGGCGUA